GUGACAGCAGCAGCACCCCGCUAGGGAGAGAGCGGCGGAGCUGGAAUCAGCCAGGAGGGAACAUGUGAAGGUGGAAUCCGACUGAACAGCAUUGUUUUGUAACUGGCGUCUGUUUCUGUGAGGAAAACACGGCCGACGUGCACGCUUAGCAGAACAGGAACCUUUAUUUGGAUUUUAUAAUCGCUGGCGAUAUAUAUUUUUCUUUUCCUGUAUAUUGAAAACCUCUCUCUGGCAGUGUGCACCUUCUCAGAAACUGACUGAAAGCAGUGUUUGCAGAGAGUGAGAAGCAUCAUUUAUGUUCACCGGAUAAUUAGAAGUGUUCCGUGAAUAUUUUGUCCUGCUUUAUGGGAUUAUUCUCCACGAAGUCGUUUUGUUUUAGAUAAGAAUACAUUGGGCAUCAUGAGUUCCACUGCUUUUCACCAAGGCUCGACGGGCAGUGGACAAAGCACCGGACCGAUCCGGUGCCAGAGAUGUCAGGAAGUAUGCAAGGGGGAGGUGGUACGAGUACAAGAGACCCACUUUCACGUCAAGUGUUUCACUUGCACUGUGUGCAGCUGUGAUCUGGCACGAUCUGGCUUCUUCCAGAAGAAGGGCGAAUACAUCUGUACGGCAGACUAUCAGCGUCUGUAUGGUACACGCUGCGACCGCUGUGACAGCUUCAUCACAGGAGAGGUGGUCUCCGCUCUGGGACGCACAUACCACCCCAAGUGCUUUGUCUGCAGUGUAUGCAGUAAACCAUUCCCAAUUGGAGACAGAGUGACUUUCAGUGGAAAGGACUGUGUGUGCCAGCAGUGCUCUCACACACUCGUCAAGUCAAACGAACCCAUCAAGAUCCACGGGCCCAGCCAUUGUGCUGGAUGCGGAGCUGAGAUCAAGCAGGGUCAGUCUCUCCUGGCAUUGGAGAAACAGUGGCACGUCAGCUGCUUCAGAUGUCGGACCUGCAACAUGGUCCUCACCGGAGAAUACAUCAGCAAAGAUGGAGUGCCAUACUGUGAGGCAGAUUACCACGCCCAGUAUGGGGUGAAAUGUGAGACCUGCAGCAGAUACAUCAGUGGAAGGGUUCUUGAGGCGGGAGGGAAGCACUACCAUCCAACCUGCGCCCGUUGUGCCCGCUGUAACAUGAUGUUCAAAGAGGGAGAGGAAAUGUACCUGACAGGAUGUGAGGUGUGGCACCCAUUAUGCAAGCAGGCAGCGAGGGCAGAGAAGAGACUCAGGCACAGACGCUUGUCAGAAACCUCCAUCUCUCCACCAGGCUCCUCCAUUGGCUCUCCCAGUAGAGUCAUAUGUGCCAGAGUGGAGAAUGAGAUCCUAGAUUAUAAGGACCUAGCUGCCCUGCCAAAGGUCAAGGCCAUAUAUGAGGUCCAACAGCCAGACCUUAUAUCUUCCUCAUACCAGCCCUACCACAGAUACACCUCUGAUGACAGGCUAGAAACUUACAGCUAUGGGGAGUCACUUGGGACACUUUCUCCCUAUUCUCAGGACUACAACAGCCUGGAUAUGAAGCAGAGGCGGUGCUCCAGUUCAGGUUACAUUGACUCGCCGACGUAUAGUCGUCAAGGCAUGUCACCCAUUAUGCCUCACUCUCCGCAGCACUAUGGCUACCCUGGCUCUGAGAGCGGCAGGAGUUCACCUUAUUAUGGCCAAGAGGGGCGGUCAAGCACACCUACCACAAACCAGCCCCCUAGACAUUUUCAUGUACCAGCCACAGGAGACCCCAACAUCUACAGGAAGCCUCCCAUCUAUAAGCGAACUGACAAUCACAUGGAUGCAGCGACCAAAAGCAGGACCAGUGAGGACAUACUCAGAUCCUCCAGACUGUCCACCUACUCUCCUGAACCAUAUACCCAGUCAGAGUCUGACUACUACCCAUACCCCAGCUCCCCCAAGGUCUAUAGGGCGCAAAGAAGACGCUUCUCGACAGGAGGAGAUGAAGAGAGUUGGAGUCAGAGUCUUCAAAGAAUCGGGAGUGGCAUUGGGAGGAUGAUCCUAAAAGAGGAGAUGAAAGCCAGAUCUGGUUCCUAUGACAACGACCCCUGGGGCAGUGCAAGGAAUUCUCGUUGUGGGAGCAAGGAAACACUCAGCACUACAGGCUACGGCACCACGGUGUACAACAACACUAUCAAUGGCUCUCCGCGGUCUCAGUACAGCACUGAUAGUGAUUUUGUUUGUAAAUCUGCCUCGCUGCCAGGAUAUGGUCGCAACGGGAUCCAGCGGCCUCAGAGUGCAGAUUGCUAUCAGUACCAGUAUGACAGCGGCAGUGAGGUCAACUGGGGAAGCAGAGCAGAGUACAAGAUUUACCCCUAUGAAGCACUCAUUGUCACCACCAGAGGGCGCAACAGACUGCCCAAAGAUGUAGACAGAGCCAGACUGGAGCGUCACUUGUCCCCUGAGGAGUUUGUCCAAGUAUUUGGUAUGACCGUGGAGGACUUUGACCGGCUGGCUCUGUGGAAGAGGAAUGAGCUAAAGAAACAGGCCCGACUCUUUUAAUAAUGUAUGGACAUUUGUCGGAUACUGCCAUAAGCAGAGCUGCAGACGUGAGUGACUGUAGGAAGGAAAGAGAAAGAUAGGAAAACGUCUACUCAGUUUCACUGCCAUGGCUGAGAACCUGUUCUAGAUCUCCUCAUGCGACGAACCAAAUUCUGGUAACACCAGCGUGGACUUUUGGGAUACCGAGGGAAGGUCACAAAGACAUUAUGCACAGAUGGACUGAUAAACUGUUAUAUGGUUGCCGGUGCAACUGUGGCUGUGUGCUCGAGUAGAGUCCAAGCAAUAGAGACAGUAGUACAGUAGUGUUGUGUUUUUCAUGAGCCUGAGUGAUGAAGGAAGGCAUGACUGUGCCCAGAGCUACAGUACGAAUACAUACUGAGGAGAAUGUUGGCUUUGCCUUAUUUGUCAAGCUGUCUUAGUUAUGAGUGCACAGCACCAGCAAUAUGAAUGAGUAGAAUGUAGAUACAUUAUAUCAUGUAUGACACUUUAUUGGCGUGAAUGAUUAGAUGAGACAAAUGAGUGGGUGAACAUACAGCAUCACUUUGCUUUGGUUUAUAAGAAUGCAUUUAAUUUACCUGUUCCCCUGUUUUUGCUUUGUCACAUGAAAUACUGUAUCCCUCUGGUUUACACUAAUUGAAACAAAACAGGAAGGAAACUGAGAUGGACACAACUUUUCGAGUUGUAUGUGUGCCCUGCACUAAUUUGUGUGAAAAUGAAAACCAAAGUGAAAAUGCAAAUAUACAGAUUAGCAGAUCACACCCAUGUAACGUUCUGGUUAAAUAUUUUAAAGGUCAACAAUAGAUGCAGAUCAAUGUGCAGCUGUACAGCAACCUAAAAGAAUGUGCAACCUAGUAGAUUUAACAGAUCAAGGACAGGCCACUUCAGUCUUCCUGUUCCAUGUUCAUUUUGGAUCAUUGCAAUAGAAUGAUGACUAAAUGUUUUAGGACAGUAGUCAUCCAUACAUUUACAUUCACUACUAUUUAUUUUCUUUUAGAAUGACAGUUUUGUAGCUACAAAGAUUAUAUUCAUUCAUGAUGAAAUGUUCUGCAAGGUAAUUAACACACUGACAAAGAUCCAGGGUUGUUGAAGACUUUACUUCCUUUGAAUACAGUUAU